UCAAAUGAGUCAAACGUCGUCAAAUAUUCCACGUAUUUUGGUAAUUGUAUAGAUCAACUGUUAAAUACUUGGCACAUCUGAUCUGUGAGACCGUUAUCAAACAUGUUAACAAAGUUCGAAACCAAAUCUGCCCGAGUGAAGGGACUAUCCUUCCACCCCAAACGCCCCUGGAUCCUCGCCAGCUUGCACAGCGGCUGCAUCCAACUGUGGGACUACCGAAUGUGCACCUUGUUAGAAAAAUUCGAAGAACAUGACGGCCCUGUCCGAGGCAUUUGCUUCCACAACCAACAACCUCUGUUUGUGUCUGGAGGAGAUGACUAUAAAAUCAAAGUGUGGAAUUACAAGCAGAAACGAUGUAUCUUCACGCUCUUAGGCCACUUGGAUUACAUUCGCACCACUAUGUUCCACCAUGAGUAUCCCUGGAUUGUGUCUGCUUCUGAUGAUCAGACAAUCAGAAUCUGGAAUUGGCAGAGUAGAACAUGCAUUUGUGUACUCACUGGGCACAAUCACUAUGUCAUGUGUGCUAUAUUCCAUCUUACAGAUGAUUUGCUAGUUUCUGCUUCAUUGGAUUCUACUGUGAGAGUUUGGGACAUAUCUGGAUUGAGGAAGAAAAAUGUUGCUCCUGGGCCUGCAGGUCUGGAAGACCACCUGAAAAAUCCAGGUUCGACGGAUCUGUUCGGCCAAGCAGAUGCCGUGGUCAAACACGUCCUAGAGGGCCAUGAUAGAGGGGUGAACUGGGCCACUUUCCACCCCACCUUGCCCCUCAUAGUCUCGGGUGCUGACGACCGGCAAAUCAAGCUGUGGCGCAUGAACGAUUCCAAAGCAUGGGAAGUGGACACUUGCAGAGGCCACUACAACAACGUCUCCUGUGUGCUCUUCCAUCCCAGGCAGGAGCUGUUGCUGUCAAACAGUGAGGACAAGAGCAUCAGGGUGUGGGACAUGACAAAGAGGACUUGCUUGCAUACCUUCAGGAGGGAGCAUGAAAGGUUCUGGGUGAUGACCAGUCAUCCCAACCUCAAUUUGUUUGCUGCAGGUCAUGAUAACGGCAUGGUUGUUUUCAAAUUGGAACGCGAACGGCCCGCUUAUACCGUACAUGGCAACUUACUUUACUACGUCAAGGAUCGCUUUCUGCGCAAACUCGAUUUCACCACCUCUAAGGACAUCCCCGUUAUCCAGAUACGCGGCGGCGGCAAAGUGCCCGUCUACAGGAUGUCCUUCAAUCCGGCCGAGAACGCCGUGCUGCUGUGCACGCGCACCUCCAACCUGGACAACAGCACCUACGAUCUGUACAUGAACCCCAAGGAGCAGGAGCGCGAAGACCACGUGCCCGAAGCGGAGAGCAAGAGGAGUUCGGGGCUCACGGCUUUGUGGGUAGCCAGGAACAGAUUCGCGGUGCUUGAUAGGACUCAUCAGUUGAUCAUCAAGAAUCUGAAAAACGAGGUAACCAAAAAAGUUCAAACGCCAACUUGUGAUGAAGUAUUUUAUGCUGGUACGGGAAUGUUGUUGCUGAGAGAUACCGAACAUGUUACUCUUUUCGACGUACAGCAGAAGAGGACAUUGGCUCAAGUUAAAAUCAACAAAUGCAGAUAUGUAGUUUGGUCGUCGGAUAUGUCUCACAUCGCUCUACUAUCCAAACACAAUGUAACAAUUUGCAACCGAAAAUUGGAUGUGCUUUGUUCUCUACACGAAAAUACUAGAGUGAAAUCAGGGGCUUGGGAUGAUUCUGGAGUUUUCAUCUAUACUACAAGCAAUCACAUCAAAUACACUUUGAACAAUGGCGACCACGGCAUCAUCCGCACCCUCGACCUGCCCAUCUACAUCACCCGCGUGAAGGGCAGCCAAGUCUUUUGCCUGGACCGCGAGUGCAAACCGAGAGUCCUCACCGUCGACCCCACCGAGUACAAGUUCAAGCUGGCGCUGAUCAGCCACAAGUACGAGGAGGUGCUGUACAUGGUGCGGAACGCGAGGCUGGUCGGUCAGUCGAUCAUCUCGUAUUUGCAGCAGAAAGGGUAUCCUGAGGUGGCGCUGCAUUUCGUCAAGGACGACAAGACUAGGUUCACUCUCGCUUUGGAAUGCGGCAACAUCGAGAUCGCCCUGGAGGCGGCCAAAGCGCUGAACGACAAGGCCUGCUGGGACCAGCUGGCGCAGGCCGCCCUAUGGCAGGGCAACCACCAGGUGGUCGAGAUGUGCUAUCAGCGCACCAAGAGCUUCGAGAAGCUGUCCUUCCUCUAUCUGAUCACCGGCAAUCUCGACAAGCUGCGGAAGAUGAUGAAAAUCGCCGAGAUACGCAAGGCCAGAUCGUCUCAGUAUCACGGGGCUCUUCUGUUAGGUGAUCUGGAUGAAAGAGUGAAAAUUCUGAAAGCUUCCAACCAGACUUCGCUCGCCUAUUUGACAGCCGCCACCCAUGGGAUGCGCGAGGAGGCGGAGCUCCUGAGCCAGCAGAUCGGCGACGACAAAAAACUUCCCGAUAUCGAUCCUGACGCGAAAUUUUUGAGACCGCCUCCGCCGAUCCAGCAGGCCGAAUCCAAUUGGCCGCUGUUGACUGUCAGCAGGAGUUUCUUCGAGAACACCGCCGCCGCAUCGUCCGCCUCCUCCGCCAUGAAAUCCCUGAUGGCCGACCCCGCGUCGGCGGCCGGCGACGUCGAGGUGGAGGCGGGUGGCUGGGGCGACGAAGACGACGUCGACGAAGACGCCCCCGAGGAGAGGGGCGGGGCCGCUGAGGGGGCGGGAGACGGGGGGUGGGACGUGGAAGACGCCGACCUCGAGAUACCGGAUGUGGGGCCGACGAGAGAGGCGGAUCAGGGGGCGGAGGGAUAUGUUCAUCUGCCUACGCAAGGUCAAUCGCCUCUCCUGGCCUGGACCAAGCACUCUCAGCUGGCUGCCGACCACGCGGCCGCAGGCUCCUUCGAAUCGGCCGCCCGCCUGCUGCACGACCAGGUGGGCGUGGUCGACUUCGCGCCGUACGAGCGACUGUUCGCCGCGCUGUACGGCGGCGCGCGCACCGCUCGUGCUGCCCAACCCAACGUGCCGCCCACGUUCGCCUGCCCGCUGAGGAACUGGAAGGAGGGCGGCGCGAAGGGCGGGCUGCCGGCGGUGGGGGUGCGGCUCAACGAUUUGGUGGGGAAGUUGCAGGUGUGCUACCAACUCACCACGGGCGGCAAAUUCACCGAGGCCAUCGAAAAGUUCCACUCCCUCCUCCUCGCCAUCACCCUCCUCGUGGUCGACAACAAGCAGGAAAUCACCGAGGCGCAGCAGCUGCUGCGCAUCUGCAGCGAGUACAUCUGCGGCCUGCAGAUGGAAACACUCCGCAAGACCCUGCCCAAGACCACUCUGGAGGAGCAGAAGCGCCAAGGCGAGAUGGCCGCCUAUUUCACGCACUGCAAGUUGCAGCCCGUCCACCAGAUCCUCACGCUCAGAACCAGUUUGAACAUGUUCUUCAAGCUGAAGAACUACAGGACGGCUGCGUCGUUCGCGAAGAGGUUGCUGGAGCUGGGGCCCCGGCCCGAGGUGGCGCAGCAGGCCAGGAAAAUCUUGCAGGCCUGCGAUUCCAACCUAACAGACGAGCUGCAGCUGCAGUACGACGAGCACAAUCCGUUUUCCCUGUGCGGGUAUUCCUACACGCCCAUUUACAGGGGGAAGCCCGAGGAGAAGUGUCCCCUAUGUGGGACCGCUUAUUUGCCCAAGUAUAAGGGGUGUUUGUGCAAUACCUGUAAGGUCGCGGAGAUCGGUAAGGACGCUAUCGGGUUGAGGAUCAGUUCUCAUCAGUUCAGAUGAAUUUUUUCCAUUUAUAUUCUAUGAUAAUGAUGAUAAUAUUAUAAGAAUCUGUAGUUAUAUCAUGUCUAUAAUUAUCUUGAUGAUUGUUGAUCACGUUUCACAUGAUCAGAUACAACAGUCUCAUCAUUUGUAUUAUACAUUGCAAAAUGAUAUCGAGUCCUACCGACUGCGCCAAUUUUCAAAGACAUAAUUACAAAUAAUAUGAUACUUCUACAAUCUUCAAUCCGUUGAAGCAUCCUUCCAUUUCAUUUUCAAUAAGAUAAUUAUCAUGCAGGCUUGAUAUGGAUAGGUACAGAAUUUUAUUACAAAUAACAUAUAUAAGUAUUCUUGUUGUGUAGUAUGAUAAUCUGAAUAAAAAAUAAUUAUUGG